UGUUCUUUUAUAUAUAUGAAGUCUAAUACCAUUAUUCUGAGAGUGGUCUUAGUUGGUAUUUAACUAUUUAUCAGUAGCCAUGUUAUUAACAAUGCUCUUGUUUCACUGGCUGCAGGAUGAAAUUUCAAGCCCAAUCAGUGCUAGACUUUUUGAGCUAUGUGACUCUGAUUUGUUCCCAGAAGCACUUCAAAACUCUGAGGUUACUUCAAGCUCAAAUUGUUGCUAUGAAGAGAACUCCUCAUAUGCAACAAACAUGUCUCUAGCAUUAGAAGUAGAAACCAAGUUCAAUAACAAUAACAAUAACAAUAAUACAAAUAGCAAUAAUAGCAAUAACAGUGUCACCACCCCAAGUAGCACCACCACCACCAACAACAACACAACCAACAGUAGUAACCUGUCAAUCAUCUUUGACUCUCAAGAAGAGCUUGACAAUGACAUCUCUGCCUCCAUAGAUUUCUCAUCUUCACCUGCAGCUUUCAAUGUUCCACCGAUGUUCCCAGUCACAACAAACCAUCAUCAAGAACAGUUUGAUUUCUCUUCUAUGCAUCACCAUCAUCAUCAGGUUCAGCAGCUAGCAGCAUGUUCAGUUGUGGAGGGCUUCUCACAGUAUCCCACUGACACUAGUGCUGUUGCACCUCCUCCUCCUCCUCUCAUGGGGGCUCCUCAAUUGCCUUCUGUCUUUGAAGAGGAUUGCAUUUCUUCUGCUGUUCCUUCUUAUGUCACUCUCAACCCUUCUUCUCCUUCUUGCUCUUAUCUCAACCCUGCUGCCAUUCCACCACCUUACAUGCCUCCUGCUGGUCCCCUGGCCACCGCCUUGUCGGCCGACCGUGCCGCUUUGUUCACCGGAAGCAUGCUUCUUGGCUCUGAGCUUCAGAGACCAGACCUUGAAUACCAAGGUGAAAAUGGUGGAAUUUAUUGUACAGAUUCAAUUCACAGAGUGUUUAACCCUCAAGAGCUUCAGGCACUUAGUACUGAGAGUCAGCAACUAGUGGCUGGAGGUGGGAGUUCUGCCAACUUAACACCAGAAAUCUCAAACUUGGAGGACUCUAGCUUCAAGGUUGGGAAACUCUCUGUUGAGCAAAGAAAAGAAAAGAUUCAUAGAUACAUGAAGAAAAGAAAUGAAAGAAACUUCAGCAAGAAAAUCAAGUAUGCCUGCCGCAAAACUCUGGCAGAUAGCCGGCCGCGAGUUCGAGGAAGGUUUGCAAAGAAUGAUGACUUUGGAGAUGCUCAGAGACCUGCAAGUAGCAAUCAUGAAGAAGAAGAUGAAGAAGAAGUAGUUGUGAAAGAAGAAGAUGAUAUGGUUGAUUCCUCAGAUAUCUUUGCUCAUAUCAGUGGAGUGAACUCCUUCAAAUGCAACUAUUCCAUCCAGUCCUGGAUUUGACUAAAACAAAAACCAAAAAAAAAAUGAAAAAAAUGAAAAAAAUGAAAAAAAAAAAGAGAGAGAGAAUAGUUUGACUAGUACACCUACAAUUUUUAGCUUCUGUAGAGCUUUUUCAAAAAGGGCCCUGAUCCCACUCCAGAAUUCUCCUACAUGGGUUUCAUGGAUUGAGGAAACUGAAUAAAUAGGGGUCCUGAUGAUACUAUACAAAUAAAAGGAAGAAGAACAAUAGCACAUUAUAUAUAUAAUAUGAUAUGAUAUGAUAUAUAUAGAAAAGUAAGCAAGUGUAUACAUUUUUGCAGACAAUAUCUUCCUCUCAUUACUUGUACCUACUACUAAGAAUCACAAGUUGUA